CAUUGAGGUUGCCUUUAAUGUCUUAAUCCUGUGUGCUGGAUUUCGGAGAUUACUUGUGAUCCUUGUUAGAUUGAGACCACGCAAUCGCCUUCGAAUUUCCUCCAAAAGCCAUCCCCACCCAUCACAACGAUAUUGAUAACUUUACGCUUUUCAAGGAACAAUCAAUUUAACCACUCCUUUUUCGAUAAUCGGAGAAUAAAUUACUAUUACAGGUCUCCGGCAAUGUCGCUUACCGGAGCGGAGAUGGUUCGCACAUCGGCGGCUACGGUGAUGCUAAGCCUUAAAGAUGCCACGAGUUGGUGGGAUGUUAUGAAUGAGUCACCCGUUUGGCAGGAUCGCAUAUUUCACGUCCUCGCUUGCCUUUGUGGAAUUGUCGCCGCCUUUGCUCUUGUACAAUUGGUAAGGAUACAAUUGAGAAUACCAGAGUAUGGUUGGACCACACAGAAAGUCUUUCAUUUUCUCAAUUUCUUUGUCAAUGCGGUUCGAUGCUUAGUAUUUGCAUUUCGCAGGAACGUACAAAAGUUGAAUCCAGAGAUUCUCCAACAUAUCUUGCUUGAUAUGCCAAGUCUUGUGUUCUUCUCCACAUAUGCACUGCUAGUGUUGUUCUGGGCAGAAAUUUAUUACCAGGCACGUGCUGUAUCAACCGACGGUCUAAGGCCUACGUUCUGCACAAUUAAUAUAGUGGUAUAUGCCAUUCAGAUACUUUUGUGGCUAACUAUAUGGUGGAAGCCUGUCCCAGUUCUGAUAAUCUUGUCAAAGAUGUUCUUUGCAGGCGUGUCUUUAUUUGCAGCUCUGGGAUUUCUUGUUUAUGGUGGAAGGUUGUUCUUAAUGUUACAGCGAUUCCCUGUAGAAUCAAAAGGGAGGCGCAAGAAGCUACAGGAGGUUGGCUAUGUAACCACAAUAUGUUUUACAUGUUUUCUCAUUCGCUGUAUUAUGAUGUGCUUUAAUGCAUUUGACAAAGCCACAGAUCUGGAUGUUUUGGAUCAUCCUGUUUUAAACUUACUAUAUUACCUGUUAGUAGAGAUAAUACCUUCUUCGCUUGUCCUCUUCAUACUGAGGAAGUUGCCUCCAAAACGCUCAGUCACACAAUAUCAGCCCUUCCUUUGAUUGCAAAGAGAUGUUAAAUGAUGGGAAAAAAUAUGGAGUUGGCAUUUAAGACAAACUUCUGCCUGAAACGGAAUUCAAAAACGUGAGAAUCGCCAGUUUGGCAAGAAAUGGCGGGCCAACUAUUAAGUUUGUUCUCACUUCACAAAUUGUAGAUCUUCAGCGAAUUGUGAACUAAUAGAGAAUGGUGAAAAUUGGGGUACUUUUAAAAUUGACCUAGUCAAAGGUCCUUAUUUCCACUUUGACUCUUAAAAACUUGAAAAUUAUCACAUUAACCUCUUGAAUGGUAAAAGACAGAGAUGUCCUUAAAUA